AUGACCAUCGACACGUCGUAAUCGUCUCUUCUUCAUUAUUUUCUUCAUUUCAUUUGAUAGGUGGACAAGAGACUACGAUCAUGAUCAUUGUGUACAGACUUCACUCCCUCUCUGUUGGUGUUAGUUGCUUCUUCUUCUAAUACCAGCAAAUCGAAGUACAGUACAUGAAGAGAGUUACAUGGUUGUGCAUCAAUUCAGGUCAUGUAGGAAACGCUGCAUUGUGAGAUUUGUUCUUGCUGGCUGUGUCCAAAGUGCAAAUCGUGUUGUACUCCAGUAUGGCCAAUCAAAGAGGAGAAAGUGCACAAUGGCAACAUUGCUGUGCCAUAGAGAUGGUGCCCAGCUUGUCCGCACUUUUCCACCUUGACAAACCAGAUGACAACAUAAAUGCUGCGGACAAGUCAGAGGAUGGGUCUUUUCAGGACUGGCUGAAGAAUGUGCACUUAUCUGUCUCUACUGAUGGCUUCUUGUUGGCUAUUGCGAAUGCUUGUCAGACAGUAUUCAUGACAGCGUCCGUGAACACAGAUGAUGACGGGCUAAGGAAGUAUCAACUGGCCUGGCAGGGAAGCCUUGAGGGGGCCAAUGGUGAUACUAUCACGGCCAUUUUGGCCUUGACAGUCAGUCCACCGAACAGCCGAACGGCGUGGCAUGUUGUGCUGGUGGGGUUCUCUGACGGACACUUACGAGCAUAUCUUCCGAGAGGAGAGUUUGUGAUGAGUCACCGUCUGCAUCGUGGUGCUAUCAACAUGAUUCAUUGUCAAGCAGGUGGCGUGCGCACCAGGAACCUCCGAUCAUAUGGUGAAGAAGUGCUACUUGUAUAUGAGAACACCGUUGUUGCACUGGACGGUGACUCCUUGCUGAAGUGUCUUCGCACUUGUGUCACCAGGGGCAGAGGUGCGGAGCAGGAGCAGCAGCUGUCCUACAAGAAGUAUGCCUUCAACGACGCGGGGAAGAUUCAAGGCUUUGCAUCUGUCGGUUCGUAUACACGGACGUCUCUUUCGCUGAUGCGCGAGGCUAGCUUUCGCAAUGAGGGUAUGUCCUUGGUGCAAGGUGAUAUGAUGACCAGCUACAUGGCGUCCAGCACCUGUCCGCCAUUCAUUACGUAUGAUGCAUACGAGAAAAUGAUCACGCCAUCGCUCAGCCUGGUGGCGUCUGUCGUUGCCCAGAGAUUGCGCAGUGCUGUUGUCUCUCAGCUGUCUUGGGCAGGUUCCUUACUUGGUGUUGGAGAAGGAGCAGCGGAGAAGGAGGGCCGUGAUCCCAGUACACCAGUGCCGCCAUGGCGUCGCAUACAUGACAGCGGUCGUAAGGGUCGUAGUGUGGUGAUAUCUCCGUGUGGUCGUUGGGUAGCUACUACCGACAGCCUCGGGCGUGUUCUCCAGAUCGACACCACCAGCAUGCUGGUACUGCGCAUGUGGAAAGGGUAUCGCGAUGCCCAAUGCGGUUGGAUAGCAGAGACCGAAGACCUCCCGGACGACGUCGAUCCGGACGAGGCACCGCCUGGUCGCAUUGCCAUCUUUUUGUUGAUCUAUGCACCGCGCAGGGGCAUUGUUGAACUGUGGCCGUCGGACGGUGGGGCGCGCAUUGGUGCUUACAACGUUGGCAAGCAGUGCUGCCUGCUGUACAACCCAUUGUCGGUGCUGGGUCAGAGCUGCCGCGGCUCCAUAUACCCUGUCCUGUACCAAUGUGCUCUGCUGCAUCCCAGUGGCAACAUCUGGUCAUUGCGUGUACCCUUCACCAACGCUCUCAGCCGUGAUGAGCAACAAGCACUGGCAGAUCAGGACGUUGUCAAUCGACUUGCCGGUGCGGAUAGCGAGUCGCCCAGUGCUGAUGAGCUACCGACGAUGCUACUCUCCGUGGGCAAUCCUAUGCAGGCACAACGGGCGUUGGCAUUGGCCAUUCAGCGUAGCUAUCCAGCUAACGCUCUCCUGAAAUCUUGUCAGGUUCUGCUGGAUAAGUGGCAAGGGCCUGAGGAGAACACACUUUGCCAAUCGUGCCUGCACAAUAUCUGCCUCCUGUCUCUAUACAACAAGUGCAAUCCCAACAAUGGCCCGGGCAUUGUGCAGGAGACUCCACUGCAUCAGGUCUUGGCGAAGUUCAGUGUUGUCCACGAACUGCCGCAAUACGACCUAGAGUCACUGGUGGCGAUUGCCGAGUCGACCAAUGACCUCAUCCUCUCGCUACAGGACGGUACUCCACUGAAGCAUGUUGAGCCUCUUGACGUCGGACAGUUUGUUCUGGCGUUCAAAGCUGGUUUCGGCAGCGAUGGUGCCAUGCUGCAGCUAAAUCCGAAACUGUCAGAGGACGAUCUGGACUCCACAGGACUAGCAUUGUGCCAGGCUACGCUGUCUGGUGACCUGGACUGUGGUGACUUCUUCGCCAUCUGCCUGGAGGCAGGCUUACCUGUUGCCACUAUCUCGGACCUAGUGCUGCGAGCAUUCAUAGCCACUCCUGUAUUCUCCAUGGCUGGUGCUCUACUUCUCAAUCUCCAUGCCAUACUAGAGCUACUAGAUGCUGAGUCAUCGGAUGAUCUCUGGCCAGCAGCUCACUCUGUCUUGCUCCAAGCUGAGCGGACAGGUGCAGCGUGGCUUGCAGCUGUUGCGCUUGAGCACCUGGUUAAGUCUAAGAGAGCUGCUGUCAAAGAGAGUGGCAGCGCUGGUGAUGAGCAGGUGAGCGAUGACAGUGAUGAGUGGCAGACGAUCAAUGCAUCAUUUGAGGAGUGGCGUCAAAUGCAGAUCCGUCUCCGUGACCUAACCUUCUUCUCCAGUGUGACCAAACUAGCCGUGUCAGUUGACAGUGUUCUUGCCACGGACUGCACACUGAUCACACUGCAAACGGCCAAGUGGAUUGUUUGCAACAAGCACAUGCCCAGGGAUGUCUGCCCAUUGCAGGCACGGCCUUCAGCCAUGGAUGAUGACGAGGAAGGCACACCGCCGCCCAACCCUGACCCAGUAGCAGAUGAUGGUGAAGCAGAAGAGAAGGCACGGUUGUUGCCUUUGACUGUGCUGUCCCUGCAGGCAGUGUUUCCAGCCAGUCUGCAUCAUGAUGUACUGAUGACAGAGUGCUGUCAUGCUGCCGCUCUGAUGUGGUAUGAAGACAAGGAGAGCGCGGAAUGGCUGGAUCUUUCACUGCAGUAUUCCACUGACAUUACCUCAAACAGUCUCAAACAAGCUGUCUCUGUCCUAGUCUGGGACACAUUCCUAGUGAAGUAUGUCCACACCAUGCUGGAAGUUCUCAACAAGGUUGGACUUACAGUGAAGGAUUCGGUGUGCCGGCGGCACCUUGGUAUGACCUGGCUAGGGUGCCAGCGGUUUCUUGCUCAAUGCUAUCGCUACAUGUACUGUCUGGAAGAGUACUCCCGUCCAUAUCGUCAAAGGCCGCCACUGCCAGAGUUUGAGUGCGAUGUCAACUGGGAUGUGCAUGGGUGGCACUCAUGGCCAGGAGCGUACGUCAUUUCUAGACUGCGCUACCAGAAGCCACCUAGCCACGUCCUUGUGAAACUACAGCGAGAUUUACUGGCCAUCAUGCAUGCACGCAUGUUACUUGAGGGAAGGUACAAGCCGUCAAAUCUAUUCCCGGUCAAGGCUCGAGAGGCGCUGACGCUACCACUAUGUGACCCCUCUGGUGAUCUAUACGCUCUGCCUAUCAGUGAUGAGCUGGAGCUAACCAGGGAGAAGGCACUGUGCCAGUUAUGCCCAUUUGCAGUGCACAGCCAGGGCGGUAUUGAUCAAAUUGAAGCACUGCUGACUCUACUACACAUGAAAGGUGAUCUGGUACGGCAACGACUUGUCCUUGAACUCUACAGGCUGGGCGAUCAACGAAGUACCAGGCAAGCCGUGCAGCUGGCUCGACCAAUGAAGGAUACGCGUGAGCUCGGCGUAGAACUAUUCGAUUUGGCCAGCGAACGUCUGCGUAGCCACUUUACCGAGCUGUUCACGGAGCAGCAGCAGAUUGAGUUUAUGGCUCGCGUGACACCCACUUUGUCAGCCAUGCUACAAGUGAAGUUGACAUUACCGAAGGGUCGACAAGUGACGGAUGAGACACGCGCAGGCCUAACUGCUCUGAGAGUGAUGUUCAGGGAAGUGUGCUCAUUGCUCAGCUCAAGCUCGCGGCAGUACUCGUACUCGCAACAGAUCCUCGAGGCGUUGGAUCAUCGAUGUUUCGCCUAGCCUAGCCUGUUGAAGGCCGGGACAUGGCUCUCAGACUCUGCUUGACUAGCUGGUGAUGCCAUCCAUGUACAUUUACUUGUCUAUAUCUCUCUUCUCGAGCUUUUUGUGCAGUUUUGCUUUAUCAUACCCACCGCUGUUGCUACUCACACCAUAGUCCUGUGUAUACCCCCCCCCCCCUCUAUUUUGUCUUGUAUCUCUCUACUUGUUCUUGUUGAAAAGUGUUGUUACCAACCUGCCAUGUUGGGCCUUGAUUUCUUUGCACACUAAGCCAGCAGCACUUGUAGACUUGGUCAUAAUGCCAGCAGCAAGCAUACAACUUGCAGUCUAUACCAGUGAGUAGGAUGUGGCAGUGACGCUAUGAUAUUGUGCUACUGCUGAUAAGGACGAUUUCUCAUAAAUCUGACAUGUUGUUUUUUACCUGUCUUGACCAAACCAAAGGGACCUCACAUCAAACACAAUCAUUAUUAUUAUCAACCAAACUGCUGCUCGUCUGAUUUGUUCGUUGCUAUUACUUUCUUUACUCCUUUAUACUAACAACUGCUGCCCUCCACUGUCAUUUUAGCUGAUAGUCGCAUAAUUAUACAGUAGCUGGUGACAGCCAUCGAA